AUGGGGGAGAGACAGUUUAGAAUAGCGAAGGAGGAGUUGGGAGAGGUGAAGGGGGAGUCGGGAGAGUUGAAGGGCAAGCUGGCGUACGUGAAGGAGGAGUUGGUGGGACACGAGAUUGGACGCCAUGACUGUGGUGCAUACCUGGAGGGCGGAGGCGACAAAAGGAGCAGCAUGAAGGACUGUGGUGCAUACUUGGAGGGCGGAGGCGACAAAAGGAGCAGCAUGAAGGGGGGCGGAAAUGCAUCCAUGGCAGCAGCAGCACCUCUAACACCCUCGCCAUCGCCACCUGAGCCACGCCCAACACCCUCGCCUUCACAACCAGCUCCUUGCUUCUCACCCCCCACCGCUGUGCCCCGCACUCCCACAUGCACUUGUUCCUAUGGGCCGUGGUGCAAGGUUCAGCACUCGCACAUGCACGCGGAAGGGGAGGGGGGCGGAAGAGAGGAAAAAGGGGCUGAAAUUGCUCGCUCGCAGAUACACUUGUUCCUCUGCCCCGACGCCCCCGAACUGAACCCCACACUCCCAUAUGUGAUUGUUGUCCUGUCGCGACGGAGGGGAGGGGAGAGAGUGACUGAGAUUGAAAGAGGGGAGAGGGCAGCGACUAGGGGCACGAGUGGGAAGGAGGAGCGCGACGUAGGCGAAAUUGGGCAAGCGACGUGGGCGGAAUGGGGCGUGCGAUGGUGGCGGAAUGGGGUGUUCGACGGGGGCGGAAUGGGGCGUGCGAUGGUGGCGGAAUGGGGUGUUCGACGGGGGCGGAAUGGGGUGUUCGACGGGGGUGGAAUGGGGUGUUCGACAGGGGCGGAAUGGGGUGUUCGACGGGGGCGGAAUGGGGUGUGGGACGUGAGUGGAUUGGGGCUCUCCGCCCCUCCGACUGCACCUGCUGCAGCCAUGGAUGCAGCCUCCACCCCUCCUACUGCUCCUGCUGUUGCCUUGGCCCCUCCUACUGCUCCUUUUGCUGCCAUGGACGCAGCCUUCGCCCCUCCUACGGCUCCUUCUACUGCCAUGGACGCAGCCUCCGCCCCUCCUACUGCUCCUUCUGCUGCCAUCCUACUGCUCUUUCUGUUGCCACGGACGCAGCCUCCGCCCCUCCUACUGCUCCUGCUGCUCCCCCGGCGCAGCCUCUACUCCUCCUACUACUCCGCCUCUACUUGUUAA